UUUAAUUAUUUCUGUGAUUAGAUGCGACCAAACACCCACUCGACCGUCCCCGACCCCAGCGCGUCUCUAAUCCCUAAUUCAUCUUCCUCCCUCUCUUCUCAAUUGAUCGCUCCCAGAAAUCGCAGACGACGUCCGUCGACCUGCGAUGGUGGACGGCACGCGGAUCUGCCACGGAAGGAACCUGCCUAUUUCAAUGACUCAUGAACAUUGAUAAAAUUACAAAAAAUCCUGUGUAUUCUGUUUAUUCAGUACAGAUGAAUGUUGCUCACAGUAGGUUGUCACUGCACUUAUUCUGUGAGAUUGUGGAAGGUGGUGAAAACUUGUAGUUGGUCUCUUAUCUGUCGAAAUGCCAGGAUUACCUUUGGCAGUUCGAGAUACCAUGAAUCAUGGUUUCAGUUGUAGCCAUUCAAGGACUAACCAAAUGUGCCGUCAGCAAUCUAGAGUUCGAUUGACUACCGAAGAGCAACUAGCAGCUGAAGAAAGUCUUUCUGUAUACUGUAAACCAGUUGAACUUUACAAUAUACUUCAACGUAGGGCAAUACAAAAUCCUUCAUUUCUGCAGAGAUCGUUGCUGUACAAGAUACAGGCUAAGCACAAAAGGAGAAUACAAAUAACCAUUUCUCUGAUUGGAAGUCUGAAUGCUGAGAUAGAACCACAGCGUGUGUUUCCACUCUAUGUACUAUUAGCUAGACCUAUUGCUGAUACAUUAGUUGCAGAGCACUCUUCAAUGUACCAAUUGAGUCGUCCUUGUGUGCUAACUAAUUUUGCCAAGUUUGGGAACAAGGAUGAAGCUGAAGCCAGCUUUUUGGUUCCAGAGAUUAAGAAACUGACAACUGAUGCAAGAGUUAACAAUCUUGAUAUUAUCAUCAUCAGCAAGGGGGAAUCAAAUGGUGGCUGUGGUGAAUAUCAUUUGUCGAAAGAUAGUGAAGAGUGGCCCUCUUUUCUCAAAUGUGAAGGAAAGUGCCUCUGGGGAAAAAUUGCAGUUAAUUCACUUUGUUUAUCCAUGGAGAAGUCUGUGACUUUGAGCUUAGGACACCAAGUGGAUAUGCUUUCAGCUGUUUCUAUGAAACCAAGCAUUCUGCAGCCAAAAUACCUGGAAAGCCAUCACUGCAUAUUUUUUCAAACUCAAAAUAUGGAUUCUGCUAGUACUUGCCAAGUCCAAGUCAGCAUAUCUGCUCAAGAGGUGGGAGCAAGUGAAAUUUCUCCUUAUGAUCUUUACUCAUAUGACGAUAUUCCAACAUCAUCUUUACCUCACAUCAUCAGAUUGAGAAAAGGGAAUGUUCUUUUUAACUACAGAUACUACAACAACUUGCUGCAAAAGACCGAAGUCACGGAAGAUUUCUCUUGUCCUUUUUGUUUAGCGAAGUGUGCCAGCUUUAAGGGUCUGAGAUAUCACUUAAACUCUUCUCAUGACCUAUUUAAUUUUGAGUUCUGGGUAACCGAGGAGUAUCAAGCUGUGAAUGUUUCUGUGCGAACUGAUACAUGGAGCUUUGAGAUUGCAUCAGAUGGAAAUGAUCCAAGGCUGCAAACAUUUUUCUACCGCUCAAACUUCAAGAGGUGUAGACGAUCAAAGAAUAAUGUUCAGACAGCAAGUCAUGUGCAUCCACAUGUUCUGGAAGCAGGUUCACCUGAAGGAUCACUGGCAGGUUCUCGCAAAGAAUAUGAUAACAAAGACAAUGGCAUAUGUUACUCUCAAAGACCUUAUGUAUCUUUGAGAGAUGGUUCGCUUACAAAUGGGCUUAACGAUGAAGGAAAGAGCUGUAAAUCACUACUACAUGAGGCUCACCUUAUGAGGCAUAAAUCUGAAAUCAGUUCACAACAUUGCAAUGCUGAAGAGUGCACACGACAUGCUGACACAAUAGGCAUAUGUGCAUCCAUAAAUCAAGCUUCUACCAGUAAUGAUUUUACCCAGCAAGCAUCUGCAACCAAUUUAGCUUCACAAAGUAUGCUGCAGUUUGCAAAGACACGGAAGAUAUCUGAUGAACGGGCUGAUCCAAGAAAUCGUGCACUUCUCCAAAAGCGGCAGUUCUUUCAUUCCCACAGAGCUCAGGUAAGUGAGCCAAGCUAACCUGAGCCUAAAAUGAACUAAGCUGCUGAAGCUGUUCAAGCUGGACUUGUUUUUUAUUUUUUAUUUUAUUUUUAAGCGCAAGGUUAGUUCAAGCUUGACUUGAGCUUGUUUUUUUUAGAUGUUAUCAAGCUCUUAAUUUGAGCUUUGAUGAGUAUUUGAAAUUUUUUAUAUUUUUAAGAUUGUUUAGUUAGUUAGUAAGUAAUUUAUUUGAAGAGCUUUUUGUUUAUUUGCAAGUUCGAUAAAAUUUUUGUUGAUGAUUCACAAGCUUUGUUUAUGAACAUUGUUUUCGAAUAGUUCACAAUUUUUAUUCACGGACAUUAACAAAUUCUUUAUUCAGUUUAAUGAAUUGGCCAAGCUAGUUCAUGCCUAAAAUUUUUUGUAUGAUAGUGGUCUGGCCAACUAUGCUAUGCAUCAAAUUACUGGGCAGUAAAAUUACUAACAUUGGCAGAUAGAAAUAAGAAAUUUGAGAUAAAUUAUUGGACUUUACCAUGAGAUAAAACAACAAUGCUAUUAUUCAUGAGGAAUUAUGUAAGCAUUCUGUAAUAAUAUGAGGUAAAACAAAAUCAAAUAUAGUAUGGACUUGAGAGAUUCCAUAGGCAAGUUUAGUAAAUUAGAUAUGAUGUGAAUGGCAAAGAGUGACCUGAAGAAACUUAUAUCGAUAUAAAGGAAAAAAUUUAUUGAGUAUUACUUUCUAGAGAUGCACAUAGUGGUAAAUGGAGGGAUAGAAUGUAUGAUACUUACCUGAAAUAGUUGUGAUAUAUGCUUGUUGUUUUUGUACACUAACUUGUAUUUCUAAGGCGUUCUAGCACUUCACUUGGUCCACUGGAUAAUGCUUGAUUAUUUAAAGUGUUAAUUUUUACUUGAUAUGUGUGCUAGUCAUUGUGAUGAACCUCCGUUGUCCAUUUAACCAUUUGUUUGAGGACUAAUUUUAUGGGAACUAACAAAGUAACAAACAUGUAGAAGAUUUUGUAAUAUAGAAUCGAAUUAGAUUUUAGUAACUUUCAUGAAGGAUUUUCACUUUCUUUCUAUAACGUUCAGUUCAUUCCAUUUCUUAGUUUAUUUGAGUUUGUAAAAUUGUGUUGUAAUUGUUAU